GUUCAGGCUCAGGCUUUAUUGUGCAGACGUUACAUAUAAACCUACACAGCCCGCCCUGAAUCAUAACAUCAGGGAUACUUAUUGCAUUAGUUAAAUUAACUUUUUAACUUUUUUCUUUAAUUGUUUAACUACACUUUUAAUUAACACCGAUUAUAGACAAUUCGAUGUUAGAGGAAAGGCGAUGGCACAAAAGUUGUGGUGCGAGUUAUUUGAGACGUUCCCUUAGGCCAGGGAAUUCACUUAUUCAGCGCAUAGGCAACGCUUACCCUCUUACUCACUCCAUGCUCUUGCGUGAUCCACCCUAGUGGUAAAGAACAGAAAAGGAAGAAAAAAAGACAGGAGGUCUGCUCUGAACCACAGGGAAGAGAAAAAACCUUUACGGAGCUGCGUGGAUUGCAUGGUUGCAUGUUGAGCAAGCGUCUAGAGAAAGGGGAUAUUCAGCUGUAGGACCUCGAGAGGAGCGACCCUGCAGAGCUCAGGAGGUCCCGCCACAGGAUGGGCGCUCUCAUAACACGAUGGACAACGUGGGCAAACCUUUUGAUUUGGAUUGGAAUAACAGGCGUCUGUGGCUCCAACGUGUGCACGUCCAGAGGGGCAAGCACGUGUAAGCAGUGCCUGGCCGUGCAUCCCAGCUGUGCCUGGUGCUUCCAAGAGGACUUUGGGCAGGGCACCGCUGGCUCUUCGCGGUGCGACCUGAAGGCUAAGCUCAUCGCUGCGGGCUGUGCUCCCGCAGGCCUGGAGUCCCCCUCCAGCACACUGCAGGUGGUGGAGAACCGGCCCCUGACGCGCAAGGCGGCGGGGGCCACCAAGGACGUCACGCAGAUCCAGCCUCAGAAGCUCCACAUCACCCUCCGACCAGAUGACGCCAAACGUUUCCGGGUGAAGGUUCGCCAGGUGGAGGACUACCCUGUGGAUCUCUACUACCUCAUGGACCUCUCGUUCUCCAUGAACGACGACCUGUUCCACCUGCGCUCACUGGGCAAGCAGCUGGCCGUGGCCAUGAACCGCACCACCAGCAACCUGCGCAUGGGCUUCGGGGCCUUCGUGGACAAGCCGCUCUCGCCUUACAUGUACAUCGCCCCCGAGGCGGCCGUCAAGAACCCCUGUGUCAUUAUCAACACCACCUGCCUGCCCCAGUUUGGCUACAAGCACGUGCUGUCGCUGACGGGGGAGGUGGAGCGCUUCACUGAGGAGGUCAGGAAGCAGAUGGUGUCCAGGAACCGGGACUCACCCGAGGGUGGCUUCGACGCCAUCAUCCAGGUCGCCGCCUGCAAGGACCGGAUCGGCUGGCGGACCGGAGCGUCUCACCUGCUGAUCUUUGCGUCCGACGCCAAGGCCCACAUGGCUCUGGACGGCCGCGUGGCGGGGAUCGUCCGCCCCAACGACGGGCAGUGUCACCUCAACGCCCGGAACAUGUACAGCAUGUCCACCAUCAUGGACUACCCCUCUCUGGCGCUGAUCAAUGAGAAGAUGUCGGAGAACAACAUCAACCUGGUAUUUGCUGUCACCCAGUCGGUCGUCUCUCUCUACCAGAACUACAGUGAGCUGAUUCCUGGCGCUACCGUGGGCAUGCUGUCCAAGGACUCACGCAAUGUGAUCCAGCUCAUACUGAACGCGUACGCAAAAAUCCGCUCCAAGGUGGAGCUGGAGGUGCUGGGGGUUCCCGAGGAGCUGUCCCUGUCCUUCAACGCCACCUGUCUGAACGGACAGCUCAACCCGGGACUCAAGUCCUGCUCCGGACUCAAGAUCGGAGACACGGUGUCCUUCAGCGUGGAGGCGCGUGCGCGCGGCUGCCCCAAGCAGAAGAAGAAGACCUUCGUCAUCAAGCCCGUGGGCUUCAAGGACUCUCUCUCCAUCAGCGUCACCUUCGAGUGCGACUGCCGCUGCCAGGCCAAGGCCCAGCCGGACAGCCCCAAGUGUCACCACGGCAACGGCACCUACGAGUGCGGCAUGUGCCUGUGCCACCCGGGGCGGCUGGGCCCGCACUGCGAGUGCUCGGAGGGCGACUUCAGCCCCCUGCAGAAGGACCACUGCGGCGCGACGGGGGGCGCGGGCGGGGCCGGGGGCAGUGUGUGCAGCGGGCGCGGCGACUGCGUGUGCAGCCAGUGCGUGUGCCUGCCCAGCGACUUCGGCAAGGUGUGGGGGAAGCACUGCGAGUGCGACGACUUCAACUGCCUGCGCUACAAGGGCAAGCUGUGCUCAGGUCAUGGUACGUGUGACUGUGGUUUCUGCGUGUGCGACGCCGACUGGCAGGGGGAGAACUGCAACUGCUCGCGGCGGACGGACACCUGCGAGUCCAGCCUGGGUCUGCUGUGCAGCGGGCGGGGCCAGUGUGUGUGCGGGGCCUGUGAGUGCACCCAGCCCGGGGCCUACGGGGCCACCUGCGACAAGUGUCCCACCUGCCCCGAUGCCUGCACCAUGAAGAAAGAGUGUGUGGAGUGUAAACACUUCAAGAGAGGGAAGCUGUUUGAGGACAACACCUGCACUCAUAUCUGCAGGGAUGAGAUUGAACUAGUGGACGACUUGGUGCUUCAAGAUACGAACGCUGUCAACUGUACCUACAAGGACGAGAACGACUGUGUGGUGCGCUUCCAGUACUACGAGGACGCCAGCGGGAAGUCCAUCUUGUUUGUGGUCAGAGAGCCCGACUGCCCCAAGGGCCCGGAUAUCCUAGUGGUGCUGCUGUCGGUGGCGGGGGCCAUCCUGUUCCUGGGUCUGGCCGCGCUGCUCAUCUGGAAGCUGCUGGUCACCAUCCACGACCGGCGGGAGUUCGCCCGCUUCGAGGAGGAGCGAGCGCACGCCAAGUGGGACACGGGCCACAACCCCCUGUAUAAAGGAGCCACUUCAACCUUCACAAACAUCACGUACAGAGGCAACCGCUGAGCCCCUGAGACUACGACCAAACCACGCAAGAUCCUAUGAGCUUCUACACGAAGGGAAAAAACUAACAUUUAAGACAAUUCUGGAACGCCUCCGACUUCAUGUGCAGGGUCCUACUGUCAGAUGAUGCUGAUCAAUGUGUUUGAUUUGUGAUGUAAAUAUGUAGAAAUCUUUUUCAUCAAAGACACGUUGCUGUAAGGUCACGACACAAGCACAGUUUAUACUAUGUUUUUUUUGUUUUAAUUUAUGGUUAAAUGGACUUGGAAGAAUGUUUUCUUUUACGACAAGAAGAAAAAUGCAGAUGAGUUUCAGUGAAGGACCCAACUUUAAUCACUGCUCAUAGUGUUGAAACCGUCUGUCACAACAGGAAGGACCACAUCUGGAUGCCUCCCUUCCUCUCUUGGAAGACUCAACCUUUUGCUGAUGUCAGAUGGGCAGAAGUUUGUGUGUGAGUCAGAGCAAAAAAUUCCCUGUGAUUAAUAACCACAUAGUAUGUUUCCGAUCAUGUGUUAAGGUACGGGCUGCGAUCUGAAGUCUUAUUUUGUUGAGAAGGAUCCUAACUGACUGAAAUUACCCAGAAGUAUCUGAGUGGCAGCCAUGAUAAGACCUAGACCCCCUUAGCAUUUGCCUGAUACAAAGGAAACGUGCUUCAAUGUUUCCUUUCCUAUCUCCUUUAGCCUAGAUUACACUGGACCGUCCUUUCUGUAAGGAAUGGAGAUAAUGCCGUCCCAUAUUACUUAUGCUCGGAACAUUUAAAGCGAUGCACCAUUCAACAAACAAUCAACAUGACCGACAAUUAUUUGAGAGACAGGAAUGUGGGCGUGUGCAACCAUUAUCAAUGUGACAACUACUUUGUUUACCUUAUGUGAUUGGUAGCCUAUAAUCUAGGGCUGUAACGAUACACAAACUCACGAUUCGGUUUGUAUCACGAUUUUUGACCCACGGUUCGAUACAUCCCACGAUUUAUUGAAAUUUAAAAAGCAUUUUAUUUAAACAACACUUAUAUACCAAUUAACUUAAUGUAACAUUUAAUAACAAAUAAUUUGGAACACUGAACAGAUUUGAACAGAAAGAAUACUAUUAAAGUAUAGCUAAAUGAAUAAAGAAAUAACG